GUGUUUGGUUUUGAACUUGCGAUGCACGGCUGUAUUUAUAUUUAAAUUUAGUGAAUGAUCGUCCUCAUGAUAUUUAGUUGCUCCGUUUAUAUAUAAAAAACAAUGAACAGUUUUAAUAGAAUAGUUGUACUAUUGGUACUAAUUAUCUGUAAAGAAAUAACUACUGAAUGUACAAUACCUGUAGUGUUGCGGAAUACUUGGUUUUCUUAUGAAAAUGGAAAACAAACCAUCACCGAUAUUAACGCAAGUGAUAUGACUGGAAGGGGGCGAUGUGUAAAUAUUAAAGCCGAUUACCAUGUGAAUUACACUAUGGUAUUUCACUAUACAAACUGUUACUAUUGUGUUAAACUUAUCGUACGAACUGUCAAUGUUCUGGAGAAGAUUGAAACGCCUUGUGUUGAUCUUGCCCCUCACGAGGAACCAACAGUUGAAAGAGUGUGUAGAGGACUAAAUCCUGAUCAACAUCUUGUUACAUUAUUUUCAGAGAAUUAUGUUCCGGUUAAUUGUCGGUCUUCAUUAGAAGGAGUAUGGCAGUUUGCAUACCAAAACCGGUUCAGAUUUACUGGAGAAUGCAACCAUCCAGAUAACCAGAUAAAAUCAUGUCAGACUGCUGGUACACAAUUUUUAAUUACAAAUCAGAAAUUUAAUAUCACCUAUAGAAAGUGUCCAGGGAUGUCUGAAACUUUUGAUGGAGUAGUAGAGUUUAGCUGUCUAGGUCAUUGGUUUGUGGACAAAAAUCAUUUCUUUGCUGUGGCAAAUACAAAAGAAUCUCGCAAGGAUGAAAAAUACCGCUGCUUCUUGAAGAACAGAGAUGAUGAUUUAUACAUUGGAGCUUCAAUUACAGCACAAUGUAACACUCUGAAAACUGUUGAGAAAUCUCCAGAAAGAUACAGAAUUACUCCUGUUAAGGCUGAAUUUGUUGAACCUGGCUGUCGACUCCCUCAAAACUUCUCAGGAGAAUGGAUUAAUACUGCUAAUAUUGAUGCUGAUGUUUUCAUUAAUGAAACACAUAUAAUAGAGACAUAUUACCCAGAUGAAGCUAGGUAUAGGAGAAUUAUAUAUGUUUGCAGAGAACAAAGGGAUAGCCGAGUAAUGAUGUCAAGGCUUACUGUUGAUGGUUGUCAAAAAGAUUACAUAUGUUUCAACUUCGUUCCACAACAUCAUAAUGUUAUCAGAUUUCGUAAGGGUCUCGCUAUGAUUCAGAGUGACUUUCACACAGUUUGUUCUUGGGUACAGUUUCCCAAUAAGCAGAAAUGGCGUUACGACAUAUUCUUGAAAAAGGAUCCAUCGCCAAUCCGUUGCCCUGUUGCUGGGAAAUUUAAUUUCACCCAAAAGGGAGAUGUAAGAUUUGAAACAAGAAUUCUUGGCGGCGUCACAUUGAGUCCUCGUCCCAACCUAUAUUGCAAACUAAACAUCAGUGAUUUCUCUGUUUGUGACACUGAUCAGAAAACUAUACAAAUUAAGGAAAAUUACUGUUUGACAGUAGAUCACUUAGGAAGGCCUGUAGACAUAUACAGUGACCCUGAUUAUAGGAUGAAAUGCAUUGGAUAUUGGAAAGAGAAUCUGAAAUCCUACCUCAUUACAUAUGAUGAAUUGGAUCCAUAUUCAAAGUAUAGAUGUUGGGUAUAUCAAAGAGCUGAUUUAAAUAGAAUUUUAAUGUCUCAAGCAUUGGGACCCUACUGUGACUUAAAUCAGGACGUCACAUCAUGGAACUACACAGAGGGUGCUGCAGUUGCUGUCGCAAUGGAGGAGUAUGAGAGAGAGCGUGACCAGUGUCCAAUGCAUUUCGAUGAUGGCAGUGAUCCCUGGUCAACAGAGGAGAAUUUCGUCAAAGUGUUCACAUUCUCUUAUUCAUUCUGGAGAAGCAACAAUUCUGUUAUGAUAGGCACUAGCCUAUAUGUAACAAUCCUGGCAGUACUGACCUUUUUCUCACUUUAAUUAGGAAUGUAAAAUACUACAUACAGACUGAAAUAUACACUUAGCACUAAUAAAAGUUUUCAGGCUGCUGCUUUAAAUAAUUCUUUCUUUGUAUUCUAGUUUUUUACUUUAGCUUUAGACUAUUAGCUGAUGUUAAAUUAUUACUUAAGUGAAUAACAUGUUUCACACAAAAAUUUUUACUCAUGCACACACUCAGUGCACAUUACUUAACUCACAUAACUCACAUUUAUAGAUCUUAACAAUUCAAUAAAUAUAGAAAGUUGACAUAUCAACAAUAACAAUCUCUUUUAGAUAUGGUAAGUCGAAGUUUGUGCCUUAUAAUAUGCUUAAAUAGGUACCAUUAAUUAAGUUUAUGGAUAAGUGUAAUAGAAAAUUAAGAAAGGUGAUGAUAAACAUAAAAAAAUUACAUUUGUAAAUAAUAAUUAUUAUAAUUUUAUUACUUGCUUUAUACAAAAUAAGUUAAACAGCUUGUGUAUUAAUUACACUAAUAUUCCAUCCAAUAUUUAAUUGUAUAUCUCAGAGAUGAUUUUAUAUGUAUUUUUUAUUUUUAUAAUUUUUUGUGUUCAUUUUUAUUACUUAAUAAAAUUCUUUGAAGACUU